GCACUAGAUAAAAAAUCACCCUCAUUGAAAAUGAGUAAUUCGCAACGUACAUAUGGCAUUACGUCUCCAAUCAGUCUUGCUGGACCCAUCAAUAAGGAUAUAACAUUGACAACAAAAGUUUUGGAAACUAUCAAACCCUUUGGAGCAUUUGAGACUCAAGAAGAGAUGGAAGAAAAACAAGAAGUUUUACGAAAAGUCAAUCAACUCGUCAAAGAAUUUGUGAAACGAAUAAGCGUAGAAAAGAAUCUUCCUCAGUCUAUAGUCGAACAAUGUGGUGGAAAGAUCUAUACAUUUGGUUCAUAUAGACUUGGUGUAUGUGCUCGUGGAGCUGAUAUUGAUGCGUUGUGUGUAGCACCACGACAUGUCGACCGCAGUGACUUUUUCACAACUUUUUUCUCAAUGUUGAAGGAAAAUGAUGGCGUCAAAGAUUUGAAAGCAGUGCCAGAUGCAUUUGUCCCAGUCAUCAAACUUACAUUUGAUGGUGUUGAGAUGGAUAUACUGUUUGCAAGACUUGCCUUACAGAUUAUCCCAGAAAAACAUGAUUUACGGGAUGAUGAUCUCUUGAAAAACCUUGACAUUCGCUGUAUAAGAAGUUUAAACGGAUGUCGAGUGACAGAUGAAAUUCUUCAUCUUGUACCACAUGUAGAUAAUUUUCGAGAUACUUUGAGAGCAAUCAAACUAUGGGCAAAAAGGAGAGGAAUAUACAGCAACAUACUUGGAUUUCUUGGUGGUGUUUCAUGGGCAAUGUUGGUGGCUCGUACAUGCCAGUUAUAUCCUAAUGCUGUUGCAUCAACUUUAAUUCAUAGAUUUUUCUGGGUGUUUUCACAAUGGGAGUGGCCAAGGCCUGUGUUAUUGAAACAACCUGAAGACAACAACAAUUUAAAUCUUCCUGUCUGGGAUCCGAGAUACAAUCCAGCGGAUAGAUUGCAUUUGAUGCCGAUCAUAACACCUGCUUAUCCUCAUCAAAAUUCAACGUAUAAUGUAACAAGAUCAUCAUUGACUGUCAUGAAGAGGGAAUUUCUGGAAGGAUAUCGCGUUACUAUGGAGAUUCAUGAAAACAAAGCUUCAUGGUCCCGCUUGUUUGAAGUCCCAAAUUUUUUCAAUGAAUACAGACAUUUUAUCGUUCUAACGGCAAGUGCUGAAGAUGAAGAUCAUUUUAAUAAAUGGACUGGACUUGUUGAAUCAAAGAUUCGUAUCUUGGUUGGAUGUCUAGAAAGAAAUGAUCAUAUAUUAAUUGCUCACAUCAACCAAAAAUCCUAUUCAUGUGUUGAAGAGUCCCCAAAACAUGUAACACGAUGGUUUCUUGGUCUUCAAUUUAUGAAAGAUCUUCAGAACACAAAUAUUAAUUUAACACAUGAUAUUCAGAGUUUUACUGACACUGUGCAUCGCCAAGCACAUAAUUCAGGAGUUUAUAAAGAUGACAUGAAAGUAGAAGCUACUUAUGCCAAAAGAAAUCACCUUGUUCGUUACCUCCCUCAAGAAGUUGCAGCUACUCUUAGAUUAUCUGCGAGCAAAAAUCCUAGAAAAAGGCCAAAUACCAGUUCUGCAGUUGACAUGACAAGAAACACUGACAGCCCUGCAUCAGUGGGAAGUGCCGAAAGUAAACGAGAAUCUCGAGAACCUAUGAAUGGUGCAAAUGAAUCGAACAUUACUGAUGAUUCUUCUAUUAUGGAUAAUUCAAGAACAAACACUCCUACCCCACCUCCUCUAACAUCUACACCUGAUGUUCUUGUUAACGGUGCUGCUGUUACUUCAUCAUCCAUCGAAACACCUAUGGUGACAUCUCCUGCAAAAUCAAUAACUACUGAUGCGAUGGAGAGUUCUUCAUCUCCGCUAAUUGAUAGCUCGAAAACGAACAUCCGUCAAGAAUUAGGUGUAAAACCAUCUCCAAUACGUGCACCUUCGCCCGGAGUAAAUUCCAGUGGUGAAUCACAAUCUGCAAUGAAAGCAUGGGAUGCUCGCCUGGAGAGUCUACAACAAGGCCCAUUGCACUCAUGGAGUGAAAAAACCAAAGAUAGACAAAUAAAUGAUUCUUCUGCAAAUUAUGCACAAACUAGUGCUCUAAAUGUAACAGCAGCACAGCAAGCUACUGCUGGGAAGUCUAUACCUACAAUAUAUAAUCGCAACGCUCCACCGAUGAGGCAGCAACAAGUAAGUCGCCUCUCAGCGGCAAACAUCCAUCAGGGUAACUCAAUUCCUGUAAUAAGUAGAACCGUAAAUGCUCAACAAUAUGGCCAACAUCAAAGAAGUCUUCCUCAAGUGCAGUAUGUUCAUUCCAUUCAGCAUUCCCAUUCUCCUAUUCAUCAGCAACAACAAAUUCCGACAGUAAUGAACCAUCAACCUACGUUUAAUCAAUACAUCCAACAACAGCAGAGCCGAUACAGAACUGUGCAAACACCAAGCAUGCAAUCUAACAAUCAUGUUAUUCAAACUAUUCCUUCGACAUAUUCAAAUAAGAAUGGACCAAUGUCAAGGCCCAUUUCUGAGCCAAUCGACAUCAAGGGAAGCUCUUUGAAACGUCCACAUUCUCCAAUGCAGAGUGAGCAAUCUGGGAAUCUCAAACUUUUCAGUCCCGAACGAAGUUCUUAUAUUUCAUCAGGGUUGCGAUCUAAGGAUAUGGAACUGCCAGAUGUAUCAACGCCUACAGAAAAAAAUUUACCCACGGCUGGAAAAAAUACCAUACGUUUAAAAGCACAGAGGCCUAAAACUAAAACACACGACGGAAGAUAACGACAGUUCAUGGAAAGGUCGAUCUACAUUCUCAUCUAAAUCCUGAAAUCGAAAGUAGUCGUAUUCGCUACCAGAGCAGCAAAGUGUUGCAACUGCGUUCAGAGAGAGCAGUUCUUUGAGGUGAUGCGGUAAGUAUGUACUCGCUGCCGUGAAAUUGCAUACCCAUUCGGAUAAUUGUGGGGACUGGCUUUACCCGACGUUGAAAGCACCGGUACAGGAAAUCUGUGCAUCACUUUUCGGCAUAACUUCUCAAGAAGUUGUGAUUUUAUAUUAGACUUUUUUAACUUUUAUAAAAAAGAAAAUUAUAAAAAAAAAUUUAAUUUACUGCUUCUUUUCUUAAAUGUGAAGUAAUAUUCUUUAUUUGCUACUCUCACUUUCUCGUUAUGCCAUUAUCAGUCACUAAUUAAAGAAUUGAACAAUUAGAAAACUUCUCAUCAAUUUCAAAAGCAAAAAAAAAUUAAGGAGAAUCUACCCACACAUUAUGCAUUAGAUUACCAUAGUUGGCACUGAGCACUGAAAGCACAGAAUCGUUUUUUUUCAAUUAAGACAUAGUAGUCUAUCACGGUUGUUGGCAACUCAAAGACAGCUAUUGUGGCUGACAUUCCAAAUUCAAGAUUGCUCAUGCUAACUAUAUUAUUUCACUUUUUGCAAAGUUAAGCGAUAUUCAAGCGAUUGUGUAAAAGUGACCUCAAUUAGUUUGGUGGAAUUUGUUGGGUGUUAGGGUUCUUUUAUGUUCCUGGAAACUUUAUCAAAAUAAUAUAUAUUCAACAGCUUUGUCCAUGUAGUACAUACAGUGUUCUUUAUCAUCUUCUGAAAUUCCUUAAAUAUUGGUUUGAAAUAACCCCAAACUGGUCUCGAUUAUAUCAAGAUUUAUCGUUUCAAUAUGACUAUAUCUAAUUGAUCAUUCUUGCACAUGAAAUGUUUUAAUGGGAAUCCAUCUCAGAUGCCAUUUACUAUUCUCUCUUUUCAGUGUACAUCUUUUUUAUUAUUAUCUUUUUUUUCUAAAGGGUUGUAAAUUUAAAUAAAACCUAAAAAAAAUAUAAAAACGAA